AUGGGAGGACAAACAAUCAUUGCCGUGGGCCAGAUGUGCUCAACAUCAGACAUGAAUGACAACCUCACUCAAGCCCAAACCCUCGUUAAAAAGGCCGUAGCAGCAGGUGCAAAAGCGCUCUUCCUCCCCGAAGCCUCAGACUAUAUUUCACACACCGCCUCUGAAGCCCUCACCCUCGUUCGCUCCGUCUCCACCUCACCUUACGUCCUCGGCUUGCAAGCCCUAUCCAAGAAACACAGACUAGCAAUUAAUGCAGGUAUCCAUGAGCCGGGUGAUGGCAAGGAGGGUAAGAUUAAGAAUACGUCGAUUUGGAUUGAUGAGGAAGGCGUGAUUGUGGAGAGGUAUCAGAAAUUGCAUCUCUUUGACAUGGAUUUGAAACGGGGGCCAAAGGCAAGAGAAAGCGAUACGUUUGAAGAAGGGAUGGAAAUUCCCAAACCGUUUCCGACACCCGUCGGACUAGUCGGGCUGUUGAUUUGCUUUGAUCUACGCUUCCCCGAAGUAGGCCUCGCGCUCAAAAGGCAAGGAGCGCAACUCAUAACCUACUCCUCCGCCUUCACUGUCCCGACCGGGAAAGCGCACUGGGAGAUCCUACUGCGCGCGCGAGCGAUCGAGACACAAGCGUACGUGAUAGCUGCCGCGCAAGCAGGGCAGCAUAAUGGGACUCGGGUUACGUAUGGGCACUCCAUGAUUAUCAGUCCUUGGGGUGCGGUUGUUGCGGAGCUGGGAGGGGAGUUUGAGGGCCCGGAGAUCGCGACUGCUGUUGUUGAUCUUGCGCUUGUGAAGGGGAUUCGGGAGCAGGUUCCGCUGAGGAGGAGGACGGAUGUUUAUGCGGAGGUCUAG